CUUCCUGCCGCCCUCUGCUGGUUCGCGCGAGCUGAGCUCUGAUUGGUGGAAGGACGGCCCCCUCGCUUGUCCUGAGCGCGCGAAUGCCCCUACGUCUCUCGCGGUCGGCUUUAGCUGUUAGCUUAGCGUCGCCCGCUCUGUGUUAAACAGAGCACACACACACACACAAGAGGAGGAAGACCGCGGACCGAGGCUCUUUGUCUCCCAAAUCUCCGUUAAACUUAAGUCGCUGUGGUCUGUACCUGCAAUGGCGGACAAGGAAGCGGGUGCGUUUGAUGAUGCGGUCGAGGAGAGGGUGAUCAAUGAGGAGUACAAGAUCUGGAAGAAAAACACCCCCUUCCUGUAUGAUCUGGUUAUGACCCAUGCUUUAGAGUGGCCCAGUCUGACCGCUCAGUGGCUUCCUGAUGUCUCCAGGCCUGAAGGGAAGGACUAUAGCGUGCACCGGCUGGUGUUGGGCACUCACACGUCCGAUGAGCAGAAUCACCUGGUCAUCGCUAGCGUCCAGCUGCCCAAUGAUGACGCCCAGUUUGACGCCUCGCAUUAUGACAGCGAAAAAGGAGAGUUUGGAGGCUUCGGCUCAGUAAGUGGCAAGAUCGAGAUAGAAAUCAAGAUCAGCCACGAAGGAGAGGUGAACCGUGCCCGCUAUAUGCCCCAGAAUCCCUGCAUCAUCGCCACCAAGACCCCCACCUCAGAUGUGCUGGUGUUUGACUACACCAAGCACCCUUCCAAGCCAGAUGCUUCUGGAGAGUGUCGCCCUGAUUUGCGUCUCAGAGGCCAUCAGAAAGAAGGCUACGGUCUCUCCUGGAAUCCAAAUCUGUCUGGUUCUCUUCUUAGUGCGUCGGAUGACCAUACAGUCUGUCUGUGGGACAUAAGUGCUGUACCUAAGGAGGGGAAGAUAGUGGAUGCGAAAACUAUCUUCACAGGUCACACUGCUGUGGUUGAAGACGUCUCCUGGCACUUGCUUCAUGAAUCACUCUUUGGAUCUGUAGCAGAUGACCAGAAACUCAUGAUUUGGGACACUCGUUCAAACAACACCUCUAAACCCAGCCAUGCAGUCGAUGCCCACACAGCCGAGGUCAACUGUUUGUCGUUUAACCCUUACAGCGAGUUCAUCCUCGCCUCUGGCUCCGCAGACAAGACUGUGGCUCUUUGGGACUUAAGGAAUUUGAAACUGAAGCUGCAUUCCUUUGAGUCACACAAGGAUGAGAUCUUCCAGGUUCAGUGGUCUCCUCAUAAUGAGACCAUACUGGCAUCCAGUGGAACAGACCGUCGCCUCAACGUCUGGGACCUCAGUAAAAUUGGGGAGGAGCAGUCACCAGAAGAUGCAGAGGAUGGCCCGCCUGAGCUGCUGUUUAUCCAUGGAGGCCACACAGCCAAGAUCUCUGACUUCUCCUGGAACCCCAAUGAGCCCUGGGUCAUCUGCUCAGUGUCUGAAGACAACAUUAUGCAAGUCUGGCAAAUGGCUGAGAACAUCUACAACGAUGAAGAUCCAGAGGGUUCGACAGAUCCUGAAGCCACGGCAUAACACAGCUGCCUGCUGUCCGUCUUAACCUACAACCUCAUCACAAACUGCCAAACUGCCACAUCAGUAGUUCCACGCAGCUACUUCCCAUCCAUCUCUAUUUUAGUGGUGGGAGUUGCCGAAAAUCACUGUAAAUAAAAGAAAAUAAUCCUGUCUAGCCCAGGUCCCGUUUUGGAAUACUCAAAGUGAAGAACUGUCCUUUAACUGGGUCAUUCAUUGCCUGAGGAAUCUCACGGUGCAUAUAAAAGAUGUAUUUUUGUACCUAAAUUGGCUCCCCAAUCUACACUGAAAUAUUUUAGCCAAAGCUUUUUCAGUAAUAAAUAAAAUGCGUUUCUAGAACCUAAAGUGUUGAUCAUUCUGGCAACCCACAAGUCGUAUUAUACAAUAAAUUAGUUGUUAAAGUGGAAACUGCUCCCUCUGCACAGGUGGUAAAUGUUGCGGGGAGAAGAAAAAAACAUUUGAACUAAAUUGCAGUCUGGCUUUUUGACAUGAUGCAUAGUGACAGUUACUGUGACUCUGAUAGAGGUUGUUUGCAGGCUAGCGUAUAAUCUAAAAAAUGUUUCAUAUUUUCAUUGCUUCAGUGUGGUUAUCACCUUCUGGACACACUGAUUUUUCACACCAGCUACUUCUGAAAAUACAGUUUUGUGUAUUUGUGUUUAAAAUGUCCAUUUGUUGUCCAACCUCCCCUCUUACAUUACUCAUUUAAAUGUUUUCGUGCUAUAGAUUAGUGGUUGAACUUUUUCUAUGUUCAAUAUUUGUACAGUGAGUGCAUUCUUAAUAAAACAUGUUUCAUUA